AUGCUCAUUACUGAGCGGUGUUGCAGUGGGAAGGCUAGGCGUCUCGUGCAGAGUCGUCUCCGGUAUGCGUCACGACAUGGACACCUCGACACCCCAUUUCCCAAGAAGAUCAAAGGCAUCGCUGCCACUAUUGUCGCGCAUGCACAGAAGCCAUUCGGCAUCGUCGUGUAUCCCGAGACGACCGACCCAGAUUGCCCAGAGCUCGGCCUCUACACGCAGCCGUACAAGCUUGCUAUCCCCCCGCAGUACUCCAUUCCUUACACGGAGUUUGACGAGAUAUUCACAGAUAUCGAUGGUGUCUUGGACGAUCUCAUGCGUAGUCUGAACACGCAGCAGUUGAGUUUGUUGGAGCUCAGUGGGCGCGAGCGACACGAACAAUUCAAUGCGAUUGGGGGCAAGGGUUUGGCCGAGAAGCUACGAGAGGAGAUAGCUUUACGAGUGGCGAGCUGGGAUAAUGGUGCACCAACGGAGAUAUCAACGCAGACUGCUGUUGCGCAGCUUGCGGGAGUUCAGUGGGCGGCCAGAAUAAUCUGCUGCCUUACCCUGGAGUUACAGCUG